GGGGCUGCAGCAAUGGAGAGGCAGGCCCGAGGGGCGGGGCGGGGCGGGGCGGGCGGUGACAGCGCGGGGCGGAGCGCGCUGGGGGCGCCGCCGACUGGCCACAGGGUAGCGCACGGGGCCGGAGGGCGGGGCGGCUCGCGGCCUCUGGGUUGUUCUCGGCGCCGCCGGCGGAGAGAGGGAGCCCGGCGCAGACAUGGGGGCGCAGCUCAGCACGCUUGGAGGGAUUGUGACAUACCCAUUAUGGCUAGUCUACAGCUUGAUCAUGAGACUCUUCAGGAAACCCCCUCCUGCAAUUACCCUGGAGGACCCUGAAGUGAAAUACCCAUUGAGGCUGAUUGACAAAGAGGAAAUUAGUCACGACACGAGAAGAUUUCGCUUUGCCCUUCCAACUCGAGAGCACAUUCUAGGUCUCCCUGUUGGACAGCAUAUUUAUCUUUCUGCACGGAUUAAUGGAAAUCUGAUUGUCAGACCCUACACACCAGUCUCCAGUGAUGACGACAAAGGCUAUGUGGAUCUUGUUAUCAAGAUUUAUUUUAAAGGGCUCAAUCCAAAGUUCCCUGAUGGAGGGAAGAUGUCUCAGUAUUUAGACAGCCUGAAGUUAGGGGAUACCAUUGACUUCAGAGGUCCCAGUGGAUUACUUGUCUACAAGGGAAGAGGCACGUUUGCUAUUCGCCCUGAGAAGAAAUCUGAACCUGUUCGUAAAACAGUGAAAUAUGUUGGGAUGAUUGCAGGUGGAACUGGAAUAACUCCUAUGCUGCAGCUCAUCCGCGCUAUCAUGAAGGACAAAGAUGAUCCCACCAUUUGUCAGCUGCUGUUUGCUAAUCAGACUGAGAAAGAUAUCCUGUUACGAUCGGAACUGGAGGAAGUUCAGGUUCAGCAUCCAGACCGCUUUAAGCUUUGGUACACGUUGGACAGAGCACCUGAGAAUUGGGAAUAUAGCCAGGGAUUUGUGAGUGAAGACAUGCUCAGAGAACACAUGCCUCCUCCUCAAGAUGAUGUUCUGAUCCUCAUGUGUGGUCCUCCUCCAAUGAUCCAGUAUGCUUGCUUACCCAACCUGGAAAAACUGGGAUACACCAAGGACAUGAGAUUCUCCUACUAAAGAAGAUUUAGCUGUGCUGUAGUGCGGAAAGGAAGCUGGUGUAAGGAAAAGCAUCUAGUUAACAGGGAACAACACAAAGUACAUACAGAGGUGGCUGGUGUACAGUGCUGGGAAGCUACAUUUUAGAUUAUAAUCACUUAGACUUCUUAAUGCAGUUCAAAAUUUGGCAUAACACUAA